CGACAAUGGCUCCUCCAUCAUAUGUUUUUCGCACACUAUCGUAAGCCGUACACACACACAUACAUACACACGUAAGCUGUUUAAGGCAGUGCCGACUCAUCGCCGAAAAAAUCUCUACCAAAACACCGUUUUAUUCUUAUCGAAAGACACUCGCGGAGUUAACUUUGCAAUUACUUGACGUAUAUCGGAUUCGUAGCUUCUUCAAUAUGAUUAUAACUCUGAAAAACUUACAACAGCAAACGUUUACGAUAGAGAUCGACUCGUCGCAAACUGUCAAAGAUCUGAAGCAAAAGAUCGAAACGCAAAAAGGUCUGCCCGCGGAACAACAAAAAUUAAUAUAUGCUGGGAAAAUAUUAGCAGACGAGCAGCCGUUAACAGAAUAUAAUAUCGAUGAGAAGAAGUUUAUAGUUGUUAUGGUAACAAAGCCUAAAACUAGCGCUACUCCGAAAACAAGUGAUGAGCAACGUACAGAAGGGGAUAACAAGGAAGAAUCUACUUCAAGCUCAGUAGCACAACCUAGUCCAAACCCUACAGUUCAAGAUACAUCGCGGGCGGCUAGUACUGUGCAAGAGCAAAUUGCAGCAGCUGUACCAGCUGCCGGAUGUGGUCAAGCUGAAAGUGCCUUGUUGAUGGGAGAGGAUUACAAUACUAUGGUGAAGAACAUCAUGGAUAUGGGAUAUGAACGUGAGCAGGUUGUGCAAGCAUUACGCGCAAGUUUCAACAACCCUGAUAGAGCUGUGGAGUAUCUUCUGACAGGUAUACCAGCGCAGUUGUUUGAGGACCCGCCUGAGGAUCCGCCAGAAGCUCAGGAACAACUCCAGGAUCAGAGUCAGGAUCCAUUGGCCUUUUUGCGUAUGCAACCGCAAUUUCAGCAAAUGCGCCAAGUCAUUCAACAGAAUCCCCAGUUGUUGAACAAUCUUCUGCAGCAAAUUGGUUCGACCAAUCCUGCCCUUUUGCAGCUUAUUUCUCAAAAUCAAGAGGCGUUCGUACGCAUGCUCAACGAACCUGUGGAGCCUACUGCAGGAGCAGGGGCGCGAGUUUUGCCAGCGGGUGGCGUAGCGUCCGCGGCUGCUUCAGGAGGUCUAACUGGAAGUGCUGGUACAGGUGCAGCGGCAGGAGCGGGAGGUCUAAUCCAGAUAACACCACAAGACAGGGACGCCAUCGAGAGGUUGAAAGCGUUAGGUUUCCCGGAACAUUUAGUCGUCCAAGCAUAUUUUGCAUGUGAAAAGAAUGAAAAUCUCGCAGCUAACUUCCUGCUUUCGCAAAAUCUCGAUGACUGAAGCACUCAUUGAUUUAAUUUCGAGCAAUGUGAGUAAAAAGGAAGAAAAAUAAAGGGAAAAACGAAAGGACUGA